AUGUCAAACAACCCUCGUCAUACACGUAAUAAUCCUGUUUCAGAGUUAGUAUCGGUUCCUAAUCCGGAAGGCAUUCUGCGACUGACUCGUUCGAAUCCUACCUUGAGAUCCACCGAGGUACACCCACCAGUUUCAGUGGCAAACGUUACGGCCACCUCGUUAUUCCAUCGUGAAAUCAAUUCCUUUCUUAAUCCGCCUGAUCGUUCGGGGAUUGGAGUCCUAUAUCCCUCUCCAUCUGUAUGGUCACCAAUAGCCAGUCAACUAGUGGCUUCGAACACACCAUCUCUCGUCGAUUCUGUCGAACUCGAUCAAUUGUCUAGUUUAGCGUCUCCAACAUUACCUCAACUGCGGUUACCUCAUCCCCCUCGGCGUAGUAUUCCUGGAGCGUUUGAUCCGUGUCAGUCGUUUGCUAUGACUGACGUACCGGCCGGCAACAGGUCCAUCGAAAAUGAAGGUGACCAUCCUGUACAACCGACCGGUCAGCCUGGAGUGACGGGCACAGAGGUUACUCAAGAGCAAGUCUCGAUUGCUGAGGUGCAGGCCAAAAUGCGAGCUGAGAUGAACAGUCUCCGAGCUCUUAUUCAACAAAUGAUGUCAGCUCAAAUUUCUACACCGGCUCCGGCGACUCAACCAAAGUUACAGGAGCAAAGUGGUAUUACGGACUUGCAAGCUACUCCUGUUCCGCAUGCUCUUGGUACCCGGCAUGUAUCCUCAUCUGCAGAUCCUGUGUUCAAUCAACAAGUUUACUCUUCGACACCUUUGCACCAAAACCCGUUUCAUCGACCACUAGUACCCCCGGCAAGUCAAACACCGUCAGUGGAUCAAGUACCGGUUAGCGCUAUUGAUCCGCUUCGUUUUCGUAUCACCGACUUUCCAGAAUAUAAAGGAAAGUAUGGCGAUGUAGCAGCCUAUCGUAUAUGGCGUCAUAAGGUGGAACGGCUUUUUUUAGUCAAAGGCUUGGUGCUCGAUUCCGAUAAAUUCAGCGUGUUGCCGUUAUUGUUGAGUACCAACCCAGCGGCGUCUUGGUGUCGCAGAUCGGGUGAUUUUACUGGUCAUACUUGGUUAUCCGCUAUGAAAGAAAUGGAAUCUGUCAUUUUGCCAGCGGACUGGUUGGAUAAGGUCAAACAGCAAAUCCGCGAAUUGGCGAUGCGACCAAAUGAGCACAUAAGUGCGUUUUGUGCAAGGGCUAGGGUGUUACAGGAGGCGGCAGGUUUAGAAGAGUGUUCUGAGGAGGCUUUGGCAUGGGCUAUAGUUGGAGGUUCUACUUCGUUAUUCAGGUCUAUACAACAGCGUGAUCAAAUAAUCAAAUCGAGUAUCAACCCGGUCUCUCAGAAGUUUUCCUUUGCAGCUUUCGAACAGAAGGCAUGCUUGGCGUGGGACUUUGCGUUAGAACUUGAACCACGUAUUCAAAGUCGUAUCCCACGGUCUUCUAACAACCUUUCGGCUACUCCAACAGUUUUGACGUCCCAAAAUCAAAGAGGAUCAGCACCCUUUCGAGCAGCUCUAUCUCCUGAGGAGCAAGCCGCGCGUAAUGCUAGGUUUAUGGCGUACAUGAGAUCGAUUGGUCUAUGUCCACGGUGCAAGACGUCAUGUUUGAAAUGGUUAGGAGGUUGUACGGCGGACACGAACUCGGCUUAUUACCCGGUUCCACCAGAUUUCGCCCGUUCCCCCCCUUAUCCACCACCCAAGUCUUCCAAUACGGUAUCUAAAACCUGCAGCGCGACGGGUAGAUGUAGCGGCCGUGGAGGAAACGCCUAG